CUAUACCUCACUCUCAAACAUAAAUUAAAAACAAGUGUCAAAUGAUUCUCAAUCACAUUUCUUCCUUCAUGAUGACAAUAUUAGCAAUAAUAUCGCUAAUGCCCCUGCUUGGAAAUAGCGAGAAUAUCCCAUCCCCUUCCAUGAGAUGCCCUUUCAAAAUAUCUUGUAAACAUGAUAACAAGAUUAUUGAACUACCUGCUUUCCCAGUACCUAUAAAACUCCUCGUUAAGGAAAUUAACUAUACAUCGCGAGUAUUACAAACAAGCGACCCUGGAAAUUGUCUUCCACGGCUCUUUCUUCGCCACAAUUUCCCUUUGUCAAUUUUUCCUUUACGGAUUAGUUCUGUGUCGCCUUGGCGUUUGGGUUGGUAUUGGGGUUGGGAAGAAUCACUGGAAUUUACCAAUAUUACUUUCUUUGAUUGUUCUUCAUUAGGACAGCGUUAUCUGAGGAAAGACGUGGGGGUACCUGAUCCCCAGCAGGACAUGGUUUCUUGCCCAAUUUAUAUGGCAGGAUUUUACGAGGAUAUGGUUUCUUCAAACCUUGUAUCCUGCACCAAACUGUCUCAACCAGUUUCCCCCCUUUCUCUUUCGGAACAAACGUUAGACGAGAUACAAUACCAAAGCUCAAUCUCAUUGUCAUGGUCGGAAACAAAUUUUGACAGAAAAUGCUUAGAAUGUAAGCACAAAUCAAAGAAGAAGAUUAUUUUAUCCUCUGCAGGAGCAAUCAUUGGCUCAACGGUACUUGUUCUUUUAUUUGGUGGAGUUUUUCAAAUAUACCUCUAUUUUAAAAUGAAAGACGAAGAUCAUGCAAGAAUUGAAAACUUUUUGAAGGAUUACAAGGCUUUAAAGCCAACUAGAUUCUCUUAUGCUGAUAUAAAAAGAAUCACACAUAAAUUUAUAGAUAAGUUAGGUGAAGGGGCUCAUGGAACUGUUUAUAAAGGUAAGUUGUCCAACCAGAUUCAGGUUGCUGUAAAGAUGCUUAAUAAUGUAGAAGGAGAUGGGAAGGACUUCAUAAAUGAAGUGGGAACAAUGGGCAAAAUCCACCACAUUAAUGUAGUUCGUUUGCUUGGCUUUUGCGCGGAUGGAUUUCAUCGUGCUUUAGUCUAUGACUAUUUUUCAAAUGGUUCGUUGGAUAAAUUCAUUUCUGCACUAAACAACAAAGAUAAUUUUCUUGGAUGGGAUAAAUUACACCAAAUUGCUCUAGGCAUAGCAAAUGGCAUUGAGUAUCUUCACCAGGGUUGUGAUCAAACAAUUCUACACUUUGACAUCAAUCCUCAUAAUGUCAUGCUAGAUGACAAUUUCACUCCAAAGAUUACAGAUUUUGGUUUGGCUAAGAUGUGUUCGAAAAAUCAAAGUGUUGUAUCAAUGACUGCAGCUAAAGGAACAUUAGGCUACAUGGCACCUGAGGUUUUUUCUAGAAACUUUGGAAAUGUCUCUUAUAAGUCAGAUAUAUACAGUUAUGGUAUGUUAUUGUUGGAGAUGGUUGGGGGAAGAAAGAAUACAAAAAUUAUUGAUGAUGAAGAAAAUAUUCAGAUUAUGUAUCCAGAAUGGAUCCAUAAUUUGCUUGAAGGAGGAGAUAUACAAAUCCCUGUCGAUGAAGAGGGUGAUUUUAGAAUUGCAAGAAAAAUAGCAAUUGUAGGACUUUGGUGUAUCCAAUGGCACCCUUUACAUCGUCCAACAAUGAAAACUGUGGUGCAAAUGCUUCAAGGAGAAGAGGAUAAAUUAAAAGUGCCAAGCAAUCCUUUCGAACCUACAACUUCAACUAAUACCACAACUAAUAUUAUUGUAGAACGUAUGAAUUUGGAACUGGAUGUGAUUCAAGAAUUAGAUUAGAUAUAUGUGAGUUAUACAUAUACUUAUUAAAUAAAUGUUCUUUGCGAAUAA